CAUAAUGUAUUCUGACGCCAUUGUUGUUCACAGGAGGCCUGCAGAUUUUAUAUGAUCGAAAGUGGCUUUGCUCUAUCAGUGGCAUUUCUCAUUAAUGUAUCAGUUAUUUCCGUCAGUGGUGCAGUUUGCAGUUCUUCAAAUAUGAAUCCUGAAGAUCAAGAUAGUUGCAAAGACUUGGAUUUAAACAAAGCCUCCUUUUUACUUAGAAAUGUCUUAGGUAGUUGGAGUUCGAAACUUUUUGCAAUUGCUUUGUUGGCAUCAGGUCAAAGUUCUACAAUAACAGGAACCUAUGCAGGGCAAUAUGUCAUGCAGGGCUUUCUUGACCUGCGCUUGAGGCCAUGGCUUAGGAACUUCCUAACUCGGUGCUUGGCGAUAGUCCCUAGUUUAAUUGUUGCAUUGAUUGGUGGUUCUGCUGGGGCUGGACAACUAAUUAUUAUUGCAUCGAUGAUUCUCUCAUUUGAGCUUCCAUUCGCACUUGUUCCGCUUCUCAAGUUUACUAGCAGCAAGGUCAAGAUGGGGGCACACGCCAACUCAACUGCGAUUUCAUCUAUCACUUGGAUCAUUGGUUCGCUGAUAAUGUCGAUAAACAUAUACUAUCUUGUAACCAGUUUCAUCAAGUUUCUUUUUCAUGGCCCUCUAAAACUCGUGGAAGCCAUCUUUUUGGGAAUAUUUGGUUUUUCAGCCAUUGCAGUCUAUUUAGCUGGAGUAGCUUACCUGGUCUUCCGUAAAAACAAGGAGGCUACACACCUUUUGGCACUAACAACAGAUGAAAGUCGACACACAUCUAAUGGUUCUGGUAAUGCAUCAAUGUACACUCUCCCUCGUGAAGACAUCGCAUGCAUGCAGUUACCGCAGAGAAGGGGAACGGAUCUUGAGUAAUAGAUGGUAUGUUAGGUGAUAU